GGUCGCAGAGGAAGAAGCAGCUGCUCUCUGCUCCUCGCUCGGUGAACGUUCAUUCUUUCCGGAGAAGAUGGCGGAUCUAGAAGCUUCAGCAAAGAAAAAGAAGAAGUCGAAGAAAGUUUUGGAAGAAUCCGUUGGGGAGAUCCAACAGAGUGGAGACUUCUUCAUCCAGCCAGAGUCCAUCGCUCCCUCACUGGACACGUCACAGUGGCCCCUCCUACUGAAGAAUUUCCACAAGUUGAAUAUCCGAACAGCUCAUUACACGCCCAUCCCGUGCGGCAGCAACCCUCUGAAGAGGAACAUCACAGACUAUGUCAAGUCGGGCUUCAUCAACCUGGACAAACCGGCCAACCCGUCGUCUCACGAGGUGGUGGCGUGGAUCCGGAGGAUCCUGCGGGUGGAGAAGACCGGUCACAGCGGAACCCUUGACCCCAAGGUCACUGGCUGCCUGAUCGUCUGCAUAGACCGAGCCACGCGAUUGGUCAAGUCCCAGCAGAGUGCCGGUAAGGAGUAUGUGGGAAUCGUCCGGCUGCACAACGCAAUCGAGAAUGAGCACGUUCUGGCCCGGGCCCUGGAGACGCUGACCGGAGCGUUGUUCCAGCGUCCGCCGCUGAUCGCUGCAGUGAAACGUCAGCUGAGAGUCCGGACCAUCUAUGAGAGCAAGCUGGUAGAGUACGACCCAGAGAGGAGGCUGGGCAUCUUCUGGGUCAGCUGCGAGGCCGGGACCUACAUCCGGACCCUGUGCGUCCACCUGGGGCUGGUGCUGGGCGUCGGGGGGCAGAUGCAGGAGCUGCGGCGGGUCCGCUCUGGAGUCAUGGGAGAGAAGGACAACCUGGUGACAAUGCACGAUGUUCUAGAUGCCCAGUGGCAGUUCGACCACAACAAGGACGAGACGUACCUGAGGAGAGUCAUCUUCCCUCUGGAGAAGCUGCUGGUGUCGCACAAGCGGCUGGUGAUGAAGGACAGCGCGGUCAACGCCAUCUGCUACGGCGCCAAGAUCAUGCUGCCCGGCGUGCUCCGCUACGAAGACGGCAUCGAGGUCAACCAGGAUAUCGUCGUUAUAACAACCAAGGGCGAGGCCAUCUGCACAGCUGUGGCUCUGAUGACCACAGCGGUGAUCUCCACCUGCGACCACGGCGUUGUAGCCAAGAUAAAGAGGGUGAUCAUGGAGCGGGACACGUACCCCAGGAAGUGGGGCCUGGGGCCCAAGGCGAGCCAGAAGAAGAUGAUGAUUCAGAAGGGCCUCCUGGAUAAACAUGGUAAACCCAACGGCAGCACGCCUCAGGACUGGAAGGACCAGUAUGUUGACUACAGCGCCUCCGGUGUGGCGGCCUCAGGCGACGCCUCUGCUAAGAGGAAGAGAGAGUCAGCGGAGAGCGACGGUGAGCCGGCCCAGCACAGCACGCCGUCUGCUGAGGACAUAAAGAAAGAGAAGAAGAAAAAGAAAAAGGAGAAAAGAGCAAAACUAGAGGAGGCGGAAAAGACAGAGGAGGAGCCCGACACGCCGGUUGCCGAGAAACCCAAGAAGAAGAAGAAGAAACAGAAGGAGAGCGAGCCGGCUGAGUGAACGGCGCCUCGUUCUUCCAGCCAGCUGGAAGUGAAUCUCAGCACAAUGUGCUGCAGCAGCUGUACUGUUGGGCAUGAGGACGGUGUUAACUAUGGACAUGAAUGGAGACCUGUCUCAGUACCAGAACAGUCCAGAGGUCUGGUUCGGUUCAGUCCUGUUCUAGCAGCUGUACUGGUUUUCUCUCUGCCUUCCGUCCUCAGACAGGACAGACCAUCAUGUAGUCGACAUGGAAACGGAAACGCCCUGCUCUGUUCAUGGAGGAGAAAGAACACAUUUGCUCAUUAAAUCUAUCAAUUUAUUUCAAUCUGUAAAUAUUUAACUUUUUUAUUUUGAAAUAAAAAUGUAUUCUGUA